AGGCUUCGGUGUCGACGGUUGCUUAGGCCCGAACGUUCUCUUUCGAAUCGGCUUUUUCCCGCUGCCCCGCCCACUUUGUUCCCUCCUUCGGCUCCUUCCACACCCUUUCUCCCACCUCCUCUUUCCUUCCUCGCCCCGCCCCCCCCUCUUUUUCCCCCUCCGCCUUCGCCACCACACUCGUUUCCUCCCUACAUCGCCACCUUCCGCGAUCUCGCGAGACUUGGCGCAGAACAUUGCGGAUCGGGCCGGCGCCAUUUUGGGACUGAGUCUGGCUGUGGGGGGAGGGAAAAGCGGCAAAAGGGGAUUAUUCAAAGUACCGAAAACCUCCUCCCGGGACCGAGCGCAGCGACACCCCCGGGCCAGGGGCACCUCCGGUGGGUCGGAAGGUUUGUUAUUUGUGUUUUAAAAAUCCCUGGAUAUUUGGAGUGGCCAUUAUUUGGAAUUAUGAUGACUGGAUAAUUCUGACCCAGAAGUUUAUUAAAACUGGCAAGAAACAACUUGGAAGUGAAUUGACAACAGUGAACAAUUUCACUGCUCCACCACAAGAGUACAGGCACUUCUUCAGUAUUUUGGUUCAGAACAAAUUGUUUUAAGGGUUAAAGUAGUUCAGCUGGCAGAAUUUUGCUGAUUUUUUUUUUAGUUAAUGUUCUUAAGCCAGAGCUGUAAGAUAUGUUUGAUCUGUGUACUGAAUAGUUUAAACAGUUUCAAAUUACUGUUUAAACAUUGCUGAAGUUUCAUGGCAGAUAUUUUUACCUUUAUUAUAAAUUUUAGGUAUUUUGAAGUCCACCCUUUUCACUUUGCCAUGGAUCCUCUUUUCUAAAUGAAGAGAUAAUAGAAUCCAGAGGUUUUUUUCUUCUAUCUUUUAUUUAAGUGUAAAUAUAUUUUCUAAAAUGUUGCCCUUAACCAGCAAUAUGGUGGUAUUGAGAUAGCUGUUGUCUCUCUGUAUAUGCUGAUGCUUAGGAAUGCUCUUCACUUCAGAUGUGAAAUCUGCUUUUUGUUUUUUGCUUUUUGUGUUAUAAAACGGAUAUUUCAUCUGGAGUGGAUGCUUAUGACAGUGACAUGUACACCAGAUAAUAAAGAAGAAAGGUUUCAGAAGAUUAUACAAUCUUAAAUCCAAGGCUAAUUCUGGAAAUAGCCAUAUGAAUAAUUUAAAACAAGAGGAUGGGUAGCUGACUUGAAGUAACUCUAUGUCAAAUAGCCACAGGUCAGGUACCUUCAAGGAACUUGGAUAUUAUUUCAAAGGAUUCAAAAUAAAAAACAAACUGGAAAGAGUGAAGAUUCCAGUGAGAAAACUAACACCUUCCUGUGCAGUCCUGUUGGAAUUUUCAUCAUUGAAUUUCGAAAAACAUUCUGAAAACUUCCAGUGGGCAGAGAAUCGUUAUGAUGUAAAUCGUAGACGACACAAUUCUUCAGAUGGCUUUGAUUCUGGUAUUGGACGUUCUAAUGGAGGAAACUUUGGAAGGAAAGAAAAAAAUGGAUGGCGUUCACAUGGAAGAAAUGGUACUGAAAACAUAAAUCAUCGAGGGGGAUACCAUGGUGGAAGUUCCCGUUCUCGUAGCAGUGCUUUCCACUCUGGAAAAAGCCAAGGACUGCAUGAAAACAAUGUCCCUGACAAUGAAACUGGGAAAAAAGAAGACAAGGAAGAACGCAAACAAUUUGAGGCUGAGGAUUUUCCAUCUUUAAAUCCUGAAUAUGAGAGAGAGCCAAAUCAGAAUAAAUCUUUAGCUGCAGGUGUAUGGGAAUAUCCUCUGAAUCCUAAAUCUAGAGCUCCAAGAAUGCUGGUCAUUAAAAAAGGCAGUACAAAAGAUUUACAGAUAUCUGGAUUCCCUGCAGUAGGAAAUCUUCAUUCUCAGCCAGUUAAAAAUGGAACUGGUCCAAGUGUUUAUAAAGGAUUAGUCCCUAAACCUGCUGCUCCACCUACAAAGCCUACACAAUGGAAAAGCCAAACUAAAGAAAAUAAAGUUGGAACUCCCUACCCUCAUGAGUCUACAUAUGGCAUUGGCAACUUUAAUGCCUUCAAGUCAACUGCCAAGAAUUUUAGUGCAUCAACAAAUUCAGUUAAGGAGUGUAAUCGCUCAAAUUCCUCUUCUCCUGUGGACAAACUUAAUCAGCCUCGUCUAACCAAACUGACCCGGAUGCGCACUGACAAGAAGAGUGAAUUCUUAAAAGCAUUGAAAAGGGACAGAGUGGAGGAGGAACACGAAGAUGGAAGUCACAUGGGGCCAGAGAAGGAUGAUGACUCAUUUAAUUUGCAUAAUAGCAACAACACUCACCAUGAAAGGGACAUAAACCGAAAUUUUGAUGAAAAUGAAAUUUCGCAAGAGAAUGGCAAUGCCUCCAUGAUUUCCCAACAGAUCAUUCGGUCUUCUACCUUUCCACAAGCUGAUGUCCUUUCAAGUUCACUUGAGGCAGAGCAUAGGUUAUUAAAGGAGAUGGGUUGGCAAGAAGACAGUGAAAAUGAUGAAACAUGUGCUCCCUUAACAGAGGAUGAGAUGAGGGAAUUCCAAGUUAUUAGUGAACAGUUACAGAAGAAUGGUCUUAGAAAAAAUGGUAUUUUGAAAAAUGGCCUAAUCUGUGACUUCAAGUUUGGACCCUGGAAAAACAGCACUUUCAAACCCACUUUUGAGAAUGAUGACACAGAGACAAGCAGCAGUGACACAUCAGAUGAUGAUGAUGUGUGAAGGAUUCUCUUAACAGCUUUAGAAGUUUUAGUGUGAUACAUCUCAUACAGUUUGGGGUGAAUUGUAAAAAUGAAGAACUAUAAUUUAUGUAGUAAAAUACCCCAUUAGAAGAAAAUAUUGGGGGGACUUCUUUAUGAAGAAAACCAAGAAUGUUGUGUUGGGCUGUGUUGAACAUUACUAUAAUUUCUUUGUAAAUGAAUGUUGUAGAAAUGAGGACUUUGGUUGAUCCAACAUUGACUUUCUUCAUCACUGCAGCGUUUCUCUGACUAGCAAUGUGACGAUGUAACAAAUGAGAUUGUUUCUCAUUUAAUAAAAAAAAAUGUGUAAUGUUUUGCAAAGCUUCUGUCUUAAAAUGUCCAGGUCUUUAAAGAAAAAGGGCAACUUAACACUGUUUCGCUUGCAGACUCUUAUUUCUUUCUUACAAUGGAAAUCCUCAAGUCCACUUUGUACGCAAAAAAAACAAAAACAAAAAUGGGGCAAUGUAGCAUGUUGGCUAAAACUGGAGCAGCAAAGUGCACUAAAACUUUUAAUUUCCUGAACUGAGCUGUUGUAGUGUUCACUUUUUGAAACAUGAUUGCUCUUUAACUGUUUGUAGUGCAGUAAAUGUUACAGAAAAGACUUACCACACUUCUUCCAAAUUUAUAUAAAUGAUCUAAAAUCUAGAGCUUUAUUUGGGUGUGCUGCAAAACCCAAGAUUUUCAGAGUGGACAAUAAGGAAGAAUCUUGUGGGAUUAAAAAAAUACAUAUUUUGAUAAGUUAUUUACACAUGGUAAAAACCUGCUCACAUUGACUGGAUCUGUCCACUACAUGAAAAAUAAACUGGAUUUUCAUAA